AUGCCGUCUCGCGAGAUCGGCCGCGCGCUCGGCGGCGACGCCACCGCGCCGGUCACGCUCGCGUGCUGGCUCGACUACGCGUGCCCGUUCAGCGCCAAGUUCUUCCGCACGAUGACGACCGAGGUCGUCCCGCACUACGGCGCGCGGCUUCGGUUCGUCUUCUACCAUCAGGUGCAGCCGUGGCAUCCGCAGAGCACGAUGCUGCACGAGGCUGCGAUCGCGACGCGCGCGUUGGGCGGCGUCGACGCGUUCUGGAAAUUCUCCGCCGCGCUGUUCGCCGCGCAGACGGAGUACUUCGACGCGAACGUCUACGACACGUCGCGGAGCGCGAUGUACGCGAAGCUCGCGGCGUUGGCGGCGGCGUCCGCGGGCGUGGACGAGGAGGAGAUCGCCGGCGAACUCAACACCGGCAACGCGUGCACGCAAGAGCUGAAGUUCCACGUCAAGCUCGGGAGGCAGACGGGGAUCCACGUCUCGCCGACGACGACGCUGAACGGGAUGGUCUGCGACACGUCCUCGGGGUGGGACCUCGAGAAGUGGAGAGCGUUUUUGGAUCCGCACGUCGAGGGCACGGACGCGUGA